AGGCUGAGUCGGAAAAAAGCCGGAUCCUGACGGUGGUGGCUUCGGAACAUUUGCCAGAGAAGAUGGAAGAGACAGAGGAACCCGCGGAUCGUGGGCAUUUCCUAACCCCUGUUUACAUCUACAGUCCUGAGUAUAUCUGCAUGUGCGACUCCCUGGCCAAAGUCCCUAAAAGGGCCAGUAUGGUACAUUCUUUGAUUGAAGCAUAUGCGCUGCAUAAGCAAAUGAGAAUAGUUAAACCCAAAGUGGCCUCCAUGGAGGACAUGGCCACCUUCCAUACUGAUGCCUAUUUGCAGCAUCUCCAGAAAGUCAGCCAAGAAGGAGACGACGAUCAUCCAGACUCCAUAGAAUAUGGGCUAGGUUAUGAUUGUCCAGCCACUGAAGGAAUUUUUGACUAUGCAGCAGCUGUAGCAGGGGCUACAGUCACAGCUGCCCAAUGCCUGAUUGAUGGAAUGUGUCAAGUCGCCAUCAACUGGUCUGGAGGGUGGCAUCAUGCAAAGAAAGAUGAAGCAUCUGGUUUUUGUUAUCUCAAUGAUGCUGUCUUAGGAAUAUUACGAUUGCGAAGGAAAUUUGACCGUAUUCUCUACGUGGAUUUGGAUCUGCACCAUGGAGAUGGUGUAGAAGAUGCCUUCAGUUUUACCUCCAAAGUCAUGACAGUGUCUCUACAUAAAUUUUCUCCAGGAUUUUUUCCAGGAACUGGUGAUGUGUCAGAUGUUGGCCUAGGAAAGGGACGAUACUACAGUGUAAACGUGCCCAUUCAGGAUGGCAUACAGGAUGAGAAGUAUUACCAUAUCUUUGAAAGUGUACUCAAGGAGGUAUAUGUAGCUUUUAAUCCCAAAGCAGUGGUCUUACAACUGGGUGCUGAUACAAUAGCCGGGGAUCCUAUGUGCUCCUUUAAUAUGACUCCAGUGGGAAUUGGCAAAUGUCUUAAGUACAUCCUUCAGUGGCAAUUAGCAACACUCAUUUUGGGAGGAGGAGGCUAUAACCUUGCCAAUACAGCUCGAUGCUGGACAUACUUGACCGGGGUCAUCCUAGGGAAAACACUCUCUUCUGAGAUCCCAGAUCAUGAGUUUUUCACAGCAUAUGGUCCUGAUUAUGUGCUAGAAAUCACACCAAGCUGUCGGCCAGACCGCAAUGAGCCCCACCAAAUCCAGCAAAUCCUUAAUUACAUCAAAGGGAAUCUGAAGCAUGUGAUCUAGUUGACAAAAAGAGAUCAGGUUUCUAGCUUCAAGGAGCAGUGCCUGUAAUGAAGACAGAGUGUUUAUGUGAGCAGUGUGUGGAAUUUCUGACUCCAUGGGAAAUUUGGAAGAAAUCUGGCAUCAAGUGGCGACUGACCUCCUAAGGGGAGGCAAGCAGGCACCCCAAAACCUCAAUUCCACCUAGGAGAAGAUGAAGAUUUCCAACAUUUUAAAGUACUUAUUUUUAAAACACACACACACACAUUUUUAACCUUUGAAAAUUAUUUUUAAGCAAGUUUGGGAGGGGUAUUUUUAUUUUCCUAAAGGAAACAAAUCAGAAGCCAGAAGGAGCAAUUAUGAAUUGGGGUCACCAGAUUAUGAAGAUUGGGGUA